AUGGCCUUGACUGCUUUGGCUGACCCAUCUUCUUCCACGCAGAAGUUCGGAAAGCAUAUCCAGCGGCGCCAGCUCGACCUCCCCGAGUAUGCGGCCAGCUUUUUCAAUUAUAAGGCCCUCAAGAAGCUUAUCAAGCAACUGAGCGCGACCCCAACGAUCCCAGCCCAGGGAGCUAGUGCGUCUCCUGCGUCGGACACUCUUGAUCCGCAGGCCGCUCUUCGGGCGAACAAGGAGGUGUUCUUCUUCCGGCUUGAGAGGGAGAUUGAAAAAGUCAAUGUGUUUUAUUUACAAAAAGAGGCUGAGUUCUCCUUACGCUUAAAAACCCUACUUGAUAAGCAACGAGUGGUUCAGUCCAAACGGUCGGUAUCAAAUUCGAAGACGCCUGCCAAUUUUGUCACCUUAUUUGAAGGUUUCCAGCAGUUCGAUGGCGAUCUGAAUAAGCUCCAACAAUUUGUUGAAGUAAAUGAAACUGCAGUCUCAAAGAUUUUAAAGAAGUGGGAUAAAACAUCAAAGUCUCGCACAAAGGAGGUCUACCUUCAGCGCGCAGUUGAAGUGCAACCGUGUUUUAACCGUGAUGUCCUCAGGGAUCUCUCGGAUCGUGCUACUACGGCACGAUUGGAGCUAGAAGCUUGGGCGGAAGGUGAAAAUAUACAAUUUGAUACUUCUUAUACUGUUGAACGAUCCAACAUUGUUCCCGAAGAGGAUGAUGCUGAUUUCCAUGCUCUUCACGCCACAUCCACCGGAAACCUUUCAGUAUUGCGGGACUGGAUCUCAAAAUUGCAGUCUUCCCAGGAUGCCGGCACCCGGGUUACGCGCAUAUUUCUAGCUGCGUUAAAUGAAUUCCCGGAUGAGGUCCUUACACUACUUCUUGAUACAGGCCUAGUGGAUAUGCAUGCUGAAGAUGACAUCAACGAGAGAAAUUGUUUGCAUGAAGCAGCUAUCUCAGGACGGGAAUUUGUCCUACGAGCUGCGCUGGAGCGCGGAGUUGACGUUUCACACCCAGAUGUUUACGGAAGGAUACCGCUACAUUAUGCUUGCAUGCACGGCCGGGUUGAAAUGGUACGAGCUCUCGUUAAUGCUGGGCCAACCACUGUCGAUUUCAUGGAUCAUGAUAACUUCACUCCUUUGAUUCACAGUAUUAUUCGAGACCAGCUCUCUUGCGUGGAACAGCUCCUCUCCCACCAUGCACGUAUCAAUCCAGCAUCAGACUCGGAUCAUAUUCCUUUGAACUUGGCAUGCCAACACGCAUCUUUACCGAUCAUACGCAUGCUUUUGGAACAAAAUGCCAAACUACUUCCGGAUGCCGAAGGCUUAUACCCGCAACACUUGGUGGCACGGUCCUGUCGGGCUCCGGAAGUGAUCCUCCUCCUGAAAAGUCACGGUGCGGACCUUGAUCAAAAAGACAAGCUCUAUCAAUGGACUCCACUAUUUCAUGCCGCCAGUGAAGGAUGCGUUAGCUGUCUGCGGACACUCCUAGAUAGUGGUGUUGAUGCCGACACUCUGGAUGAAAAAGGUUUCCCCGCGAUGUAUUAUGCCGUCUGGGAAGGUCAUCUAGAAUGUAUGAUCCUUCUAUGGUCGAGACAGACCAGCUCGAAGCUCUCCCAACCAAGCCUCAAUACCCUCAACGGACCCAAUUUCCGCGACGCUGCCUCAAUGACUUCUCCAGCUCUUGCAGAACCCGGGGGAAUGGAUGGCGAUGGUAUUCCGGACUUAUCGUUGCCUCCCCCCAUUAUUCCACUACGCCGUUACGGGCAUAAUUUCCUGGAUAACAAAACAUUCCUCCAGAUCUGCUUUGAGCCAGCCCCGUCGGAGCCAAUUCUGUUCUACCAAGCGGGUCGUUACGCUGCUGCCAGACUGAUCAUAUCAUCCAAGAUGUCAGACCUGAUUCCGCGGAAUAUCAUGUUGCCUUUGCAAGAGGAUUCCAGGGCUAUAUCGUUCCAAAUUGACCGGCUGGACAAUUUUGCCCUUGAGUUUGAGAUCUUCCCUACAUUUGGCUCUAAGGUAAUCGCGAAAACAGUCGCUCUGCCGGAUCUCUUUACGGGAGGCAUCCGAAGCUCGGGUUCCUACUGUCUGCCUCUUUUUGAUCCAAGGUUACGGCCAAUCGGCGAAAUGAAGUUUAGCUUCCAGGUGAUAAAGCCGUACUACGGAGAGCCUCUUGAAAUAACGCAUUUUGCGACCUAUUGGAAGGCCACUAGCUCUCUAGAUUCCGAUCAUAAUGGGCAAGUCACUGGUUCGAGCUUAUCGGGAGAUUAUGUUCAACUCUUUAUUCAGUUGACAGCGGACAAUGUUCCGGUUUUAUACCCAGAAUUUACUGUCAACCAUCAUGGCAUCGAAAUUCCAAUCUGCCACUUAACCUACGAACAGUUCAAGCUUGUGGGGAACGAACGUCACGCUCAAAUGCAGUCCAGUGAAUCGGCUUUGCUUCAUUCAUUAGAUGCAAUGAGCAUCGAUGAUCUAGCUCAUGUCCAUCGAGUCCUGGCGACAUCAUUUCUACCUUUGCGAGAAGUUCUUGGGCACCUUCCGACCAAUAUUCAUGUCAACCUUUGCAUCCUAUACCCCUCUCUCGCUGAUGCGAAAGAGUUUGGUUUUGGGCCACAAACUGAUGUGAAUGUUUUUGCCGACUCUAUUCUCGCCGAAGUGUUCCAUCACGCCAGAGCGUCCAAAGAAAAUGACCCAUAUUUUAUGCGCUCCAUUGUGUUCACUUCGUACAAUCCUGACAUUUGUAUUGCGUUGAAUUGGAAGCAGCCGAAUUUUCCUGUCGUCCUUUGCAAUGACCUUGGGCAGAUUCGCGACCUAACACGGGAUUCAACCUCGCAGCCGUUGAUUCGCUGUAGCGGACGCGCCUCGAUGUCCAUCAAAGAAGCGGCUCGAAUUGCCCAGAGCAAUAAUUUCAUGGGUUUAAUGUGUCGCUCAAGUCUAUUGAAUGUUAUGCCUGCGCUCGUCGAAUCCAUCAAAGAACAAGGACUUGUUCUCGUGGCGGACACAUCCGAUGAAGCCGGCGAAAGAAGUCGACCCGGUGCUCCGGUUAGAACCGAGUGGGCAUAUCGCAUGCCGACAGGCGUCAAUGGCGUAAUGAGAGGGACUGGUGUCUUGCGGUUUAACGACAGCAUUGAUAUGUGAUUUACGAUUCUGGUUCUACUCGAGAAUUUUUGACAUCCCAUUUUAAUAAUGGCUGAGUGUUGAUUGGCUUUUCUGGGCUUACUUCCAUUAGUACGAACUGUGCGUUCCUUUUUUUU